CAUCGUCGCGCGUCUUAGAGUAGUUGCUCAGUCCAUCCAGAUAAAAGGACUUGUGUUCCUCAUUCUUUGGUUCGGCAUUGCGUACCAUAUUAUUCAAUUCCUUUAAAUAAAAAUGGUGAGAUCUUUUGCUGCUUUAUUUUCAGUCCUCAAGAAGGCGUUUGAGGCCUUCGACCACGAGAAAAAGGGUUGCAUCGGCACCGUGAUGGUGGGCACCAUCUUUGGCAUGCUGGGUCUUGGCGUCACUGACGAGACCUUAAAGGAAAUCAUUGAAGAAGUGGACGAAGAUGGAUCCGGCGAGCUGGAGUUUGAAGAGUUUGUAACGUUAGCGUCGAGAUUUAUGGUUGAAGAGGACGCUGAAGCUAUGCAACAAGAACUCAAGGAGGCAUUCCGGUUGUACGACAAAGAAGGUAACGGCUACAUCACGACAGCGGUGCUACGGGAGAUCCUCAGAGAGCUGGACGACAAGAUCAGCGCAGAGGAGUUGGACAUGAUGAUUGAGGAAAUUGACUCUGAUGGCUCUGGCACAGUUGACUUUGAUGAAUUCAUGGAAGUUAUGACGGGAGGCGACGACUGAACGGACAUUUGCCCAAGUUGAUGUUAUAAUGAUACUAAUUUUAUCUAUGUCUACUACGCAAUAUCAAUUUAUUUAUACAUCGGAAGACCAAUUUGAUAUGAUUAGCAAAAAACUAUAAUGUAUUUAUUUAACUAUACUUGUAAGUUAUUUUAUAAGAAUAAAAAAAUAUCCUAAGA